AUGGCACCCUACUUCAUCCGUAACCUCAUUCCGCGCCGCGAACAGCGACAGGAAGGGCGGCCGCUUCUUGAGGCUCUCAAGAGCGUGACAUGGAUGCAAUGGGCACUGUUCUGGUCCGGAUGGCUAGCAUGGUCCACGGACGCUGUCGACUUUUUCUCCGUUUCGUUAUCUGUCACCAACCUCCAGAAACAGUUCAACAAGGCUGACGCCUCCGACAUCACAACCGCAAUUACGUUGACCUUGCUCUUCCGCUCUGCCGGCGCCGUUAUCUUCGGUAUCAUCUCCGACCGGUUUGGACGCAAGUGGCCUCUCGUCGUGAACCUCGUCAUCAUCGCCGUGCUCGAGCUCGGGACGGGCUUCGUCCAAACCUUCCAACAGUUCCUCGCCGUGCGAUCCCUAUUCGGCAUCGGCAUGGGUGGAAUCUGGGGCCUGGCUGCAUCUACUGCGCUUGAGAGUCUUCCGGUCGAAGUCCGUGGCCUCGCAUCCGGCGUCUUGCAGCAGGGAUACGCGGUCGGAUACCUUUUCGCCGCCGUCAUCAACCUUUACCUGGUGCCCGAGGUCACUCCCGGAUGGAGGUCUCUCUUCUGGCUCUCCGCUGGACUAUCGCUCUUUGCGGGAGCCAUCCGCGCGAUGCUGCCGGAGUCGGAGGUGUUCUUGCGCGCCAAGGCAGCGCAGCGUGCGUCUGGUGCCACAACAGCCAACAAGACGAAGAUCUUCCUUCACGAAACCUGGAUCAUGCUCAAGACACAUUGGCUACUCAUCAUCUACGCCGUUCUAUUGAUGACGGGCUUCAACUUCUUUUCGCACGGAUCGCAGGACCUUUACCCUACGUAUAUGCAGCAGAGCAAAGGCUUCAGUCCCCAUGACUCGACCGUCGCCACCAUCAUUGGCAACUGCGGUGCUAUUGCAGGCGGUACUAUCGCCGGCUACGUCUCGCAGUACAUUGGUCGCCGUUUGACCAUCAUCAUCUUCGUCCUCUUGACGGGCGCGUUCAUUCCCCUGUGGAUCAUUCCCAGCUCUUUCUCCGGUCUUGCUGCGGGUGCUUUCUGCAUCCAAUUUGGUGUGCAGGGUGCUUGGGGUGUCAUCCCCAUCCAGCUCGCUGAGAUCUCGCCGCCCGCGUUCCGCGCUACUUUCCCGGGAGUGGCGUAUCAGCUUGGUAACAUGGUCUCUUCUGCUUCGUCGCAAAUCGAAGCGAAGGGUGGCGAGAACCUCCGUACAACGGUAACGGUGAACGGCGUGACGAAGGACGUGCCCGACUACGCAACGGUGCAAGGUAUCCUCAUUGGUGUCGUUGCUGCAUUCAUCCUCGUCGUGACCAUACUUGGACCCGAGGCCCACAGUUCGCACUUCGAGAAGCACAAGGCGGCAUUCGAGGAGGGUGGAGGUCGCGAUGAUGCUGUGGCCGAGGAGGACUUCCAACGCGAUGCCACGGAUUCGCCUCGCGGCGCAUCCUCGUUUGAUGAAAAGGAGAAGGCGAGCAUUCAUCAAAGAGAGACUGUCUGA